AAAGUUGACUUGGCUAAAGUCCAGAGUCAAAGUCUCCGUCCCACCAACCCAAGCUCCCCAGUGAAACCACUCUUCAUCCUGGUUCUUGCAUCCGAUCAAGAGAAUUCAAGCACCGAACAUGGACACCAGCUGCAUCGGGUUCGUCGGGAUCCUCAGGGAAGUGCUGAGAAUUCCCACCGCCAGCCCCAGGUUCCUGAUCCUCGCCUUCCUGUCGUCCUUCCCGCUGUUCUGCUCCUUGCUGCUGAACGAGUUCCUCCUCCAGCAGACGUUCCUCGACGCUGCCCACCUUGGGUUUGACGGAACGUCCGAGUUCAGUGCUAGCAGCGAUAGUCCUGGGUUCGGCAUAUGCGACGUCCUGGGGCCGACAAGAGUCCUCAAGAGAUGGGUAGAAGAGGCCUCUCGAGGGUUGGUCUUGAUGAGCGCCCUGUACUUGGUCAUCGCCAACCCGCUGGACCUCCUCAACUCGAUGAUGGUCGUUCACAACGCGUCUGCGAUUUAUGCGGGAGAGGAUCCGCCGAACCUGAGGCAAUUUUUCAUCCAGCCCCUGAAGAGGAUUGGCUUCAGGGGGCCCCUGGUCACCUCCAUGUAUUCGCUCGUGCUCUCUUGCCUCACUUUGCUGGUGAUUGUGUCCUUCGCAUCGGGUAACCUCUGUGGGUUGUUUUCGCCUUUCGGGCUGGGUAGGUUCGCCAGUGCACUGGUCCUUGCGGCCUCGUUCACGAAGUAUCUGGAGUGGAGUGUUAUAUGGAACGUGGGGAUCGUGAUCUCCAUACUGGAAGAGAAGCAGGGGGACACUGCAUUGGCAGUGGCUGCAUAUCUGAGCAGAGGGAGCAGAAGAAAGGGAGUUGCCCUCAUGCUCGUGUUCUUCAUUUGCAGGCUUGCCCUGAGAUUGUCUUGCCUCUAUAUCGCACGGCAUGGUAGAGGAAGUGGACUUGUCGCGUCGACAGUUGUGCAAGUCUGCUUGAUGUGUUUGGGGAAUGUGGUGAAGUGGUCGGUGUUCACGGUGUAUUACUGCGACUGCAAGCAACGGUUUCUCAAGAAGAAGACUGAUGUUGAAGAAGGCAAAGCUGAUCCGCCUGUGAAAAGCUAGAGAAAUUGUUGGGUUUUGGGGAAGAUUUAGUGUUCAGUAUGCAUUGUAGUCGGUUUGAAAUUAGGUGUGGGUAUUAUACAUUCCGUAUCAAUAUCAAUAAGACAUAAUAUAUCCGUCUCA